GACCAGGGUCUCUACUGGUGUCAGGGAGAGAAGAUCCAGACCCACAUCUUCACAACAAAGUAAUGUUAUUACCCUCACUGUGAAUGCUCUGCCCACGGCCUCAGUGAGUAUCUCUCCUCAGGGUCUCCUCUACUCUGGAGAGACAGUCAGCAUGCAGUGUUACAUAUCAACGGACACAGACUGGACGUACAGCUGGUUUACAGGCAACAACCUCAAAUCCAGUACGCCUGGUCAAACCAUCACCACUCUGUCUAACCAGGCUGGUCAGUACAGAUGUGUUGGGGUGAGGACAGGUCGGCCUCAGUGGUCUCAACUCAGUGUUUUCCUCCCCAUCAGUGUUACUGAUUAUCAGCCGUCGACUACACUGACUUCAGACAAGGAGGACGUAUUCACAGGAGACAGUGUGACACUGAGCUGUACUGUAGAGUCUUCUGGAUGGAAGUUUUACUGGUACAGACACAGACCAGACUCUACACCAGUAACCACAACCUCUGUAUACUCCUACACACUCAGCUGGGUCAGUGUCUCUGAUGGAGGACAGUACUGGUGCAGAGCUGGGAGAGGAGACCCAGUCUACUACACCCUGUACAGUGACCCAGUCCAGAUAAACAUUACUGCCCGGAUCGGCGGCUCCGGUUCGGGAAUGCCCGGUCCGACGCUGAUCCUCUGCCUCCUGAACAGACGGGAUCGCGCGGAGACCUCCCCCGACCGUGAGUAUUGGUUGCGGAGGAACCGGACUGUGGAUAUGAUCGCCGGAGGCUCUGAACUGGGAACAACCGCUGAGGACUCUGUACUGCAGACCAUCGCUGGAGACCCGGAUCUGCGGACCGUCGCUGGAGGUUCCGGACUGCGACGGUCGCGGAGCUCGGAUGGGAACCGUCGCUGGAUCGUAUCUCCUGGAUCCUCUACAUCAGUCCUAGUAGGAGUGGUUGUGGGUCUGGUUGUUUCUGGAUUUCUACUGGUCAUUCUCCUCGUCCUGCUGUGGAGAUUUAAAAACGCCAAAGGUUCCUGUUUUAACAGAAUAUUCUUGAACCCCCAGCCCCAGAGAACCAACCAGGACCCCCAACAGGACCAAGGAUCUACCCAGAGUCAGGCUCCUGAUGCUGGGUAUACACGUCUGCAGCAUGGUGGCGAUCACAUCUAUGAUACGAUCAAUCCAUCUGAGAACAAUGAUAAUGGUACUGUAUAGUAUAUGUUAUGUUUAGUAUGAAUACAGUAUAGAG